GAAUACGCUAUUGUUACUGAAUUCAAAAAUGGUGGUGAUCUAAGGAAAAUCAUCAAAAAAAAAUACAGUAAUCUAACUUGGAAAAUCAUCAUAGAGAUAUUAAGAAGAAUUAGCUCUGGACUAGUAUGUGUUCAUGAUUCAAAAUACUACCACAAGGAUCUCCACAGUGGCAACAUCUUGAGUACAAUUUACUUUGAUAAUACUAUCAGCGAUUCAGUAAUUUCAGAUUUUGGUCUGUGUCGUCCUAUGGAUCAAAGUUCUACAGAUAAAACACUAUAUGGUGUCUUACCAUUAGUCGCACCAGAGGUUUUACUUGGUAAAGAAUUCACUGAAGCAGCAGAUAUUUAUGGGUUUGGAAUGAUAAUGUCAGAAUUGAUUAGUGGUGAACCACCUUUUGUUGAUAGAGAAUUUGAUGAUAAUUUGUUUUUGGCCAUUUGUUAUGGUCAACGUCCACAAAUUCCAGAAUAUACAUCUGAACCAUAUGCUGAAUUAAUGAAACGUUGUUGGGAUCCUAUUCCUACCAAUCGUCCAACAGCCAGGGAGUUA